CUAAAACCCUCGCGCGCGCUCUUUCUCUCUCUCUAAACCUUACCCUCGAGCUGCCUAUUUUCUGCAAAUGGCCGCUACAUCUUCUACCUUGGAACCAAAGGUGAACGGUUCGGCACCGGAAACGGAGACUGCACUGGCACCGUCAAGGGGAUCUGAAGUAGUGACGGCGACAUCAGACGCUGCAACAGCUACCGUCGAGGCGGGUUCAGACAAUCCCACUGAAAAACCUCCGGAAACGACGGCGGAGACGGCUAUGGAACCGGAAGCUCCGGCGACGACCGUCACGACGGCGGAGAAGAAAUGGCCAGGGUGGCCUGGAGACAGUGUGUUUCGUCUUAUAGUUCCUGUCCUUAAGGUGGGUAGCAUCAUCGGCCGCAAAGGUGAACUCAUCAAGAAGAUGUGUGAGGAGACUCGGGCUCGCAUUCGCAUCCUUGAAGGCGCUAUAGGCACUGCUGACCGCAUCGUCCUGAUAUCUGGAAAGGAAGAGCCAGAGGCACAAAUAUCUCCUGCAAUGAAUGCCGUACUCAGAGUAUUCAAACGUGUUCAAGGAGUACCAGAGAAUGAGGGUUAUACAGCAGGUUCAGCAGCCGCUGGAGUUGCUUGUUCAAUCAGGUUAUUGGUGGCAUCAUCACAGGCCAUUAAUUUAAUUGGAAAGCAAGGGUCUCUGAUAAAGUCAAUACAGGAGAGCACAGGAGCCACUGUGCGUGUUCUAUCUGGAGAUGAAGUGCCAUUCUAUGCUACUUCCGAUGAGAGAAUUGUAGAGAUACAGGGAGAUUCCUUGAAGGUUCUGAAAGCACUAGAAGCAGUGGUUGGACACCUAAGGAAAUUCUUGGUUGAUCAUAGUGUGAUCCCUUUAUUCGAGAAAACUUAUAGUGCAACAGUCUCACAAGAUCGUGGGGUAGAGGCCUGGCCUGAUAAAACGCAAAAUAUGCUUCAUACGGCUUCUCAAACUGGUAUUAGCAGUGAUUAUCCAAUUUCUUUGAAGAGGGAUUCUAUGUUUCUUGAUCGUGAAGCUCAGCUGGAUUCCCAAAUUCAACACUCUGGAGUAUCCCUGUAUGGACAAGACCCUGCACUUACUGGGUUGCGCUCAUCAACACUUGGCCGUACUACUGCUCCAAUAGUUACUCAGGUUACACAGACAAUGCAAAUACCUCUAUCCUACGCAGAAGACAUUAUUGGGAUUGGGGGAGCAAAUAUUGCAUACAUACGCCGUAGCAGUGGAGCCAUCCUCACUGUUCAGGAGAGUAGGGGUCACCCAGAUGAGAUCACUGUGGAAAUAAAGGGAUCCUCAUCUCAGGUUCAGACAGCCCAGCAACUUAUUCAGGAAUUUAUAGGUAAUCACAAAGAACCUGUCUCAAGCAGCUAUGGUAAGUUGGACACUGGGUUGAGGCCAUACUCACAGCUGACCAAUGCUUCCUAUCCAUCAUCAUCAUUGUCAACACAACCGCUUGGUGGUUAUGGAUCCUCUGGAGUUGGAGGAUACAGUAGCUACAGGCUCUAAAUGGUUGACCUUGUACUUCACAUUUGCUUUCUUUGCUUCUGACUACCUUUAUUUGUAGCUGCCGCUUACCUUUCAUUGGAUUCCUAUUUGUAGCAGUUCUGUUUUAGAUCUGGCUCUGUUUUGGUCUCAGAAAAUGCAGAUGAAAGAAAAUAUAUGUAGGUAAUAGUAAUUGAAUUUGUUUUCCU